GUAUCUUGAAGUGCCCGGCCUCCAGAGCUACGGUAUCGGUUUUCUUGCAAAAGGCUGCGCGCAAUCGUCAAAGCAAACACGCCGCCAUACAGCGCGGGGCCUUUCAAAGGUCAUAGUUAAACAUAUAAAACACUGCUUAGGGAAAUUCCUGGAGAGCUCCUGGCACCGGCGAGCACUAGCGGCCAUGCUGCAAUUCCUGCUCGACCUCGCCCGUGCCCACACCUACUAGGAGCAUCUUGUUAUCUAGGUGUCAUCUACAGCGCUUUGGUGGCCAGGUAGUGCCAGAGGCAAGGAAUGGACUCGCGGCCCGGCCGUGCACCUCGGCUAGAGGACGUGCUGUCCGCGCUCUCGCUGGACGCCUGCGAUAAGCUGGUGGACUGCAUCCGCGCAACUGGGUCCCUACGUCCAGCUCGGGCAGCAUGCAAGGCGCUGCGGGACUGCGUCGACGGCAGCGUGCGGGAAAUCCGCGUGGUGGUCCGGGAGGCCUCAAAGCGGCAACGCGGCCCAAUGCCUUUCGCUUUCUGGCAACGUCUGGCCAGAGUUCACGUGAUCUUGGAUGACGCAUCGGAUAUACUGACUCGCUUGGAGCGGGGCGAGCCGCGCGAUGUGGCCGGAGACGUGGGGCUAGAGACCCUGCUGGCGCUGCCGUUCCUGGGAAUGCCGAAGGCAUCACUGCGGCGAAUUGCACACCUCGCAGUGUUCCAGACGGGCAACAGAGCAUGGACGCCGGAGCUAGCUCUGAGCAACCUGCUGCAGAGACUUCCUGGGUUGCGGUCUGUGGAGCUGCACGGUGUCCGCCAUAUGCCGUCGGGGCCGUACCGUCAGUACAUGCUCUACCAGUCGCUUGCGGAGGCGGCGCCGCGACUCGAGCGCCUGACGCUCCCUGAACUGGCGUGCCUAAGCGGACUCGUCGGCGCGGUCGACUCAGAGUCGCGAGCCAGUACACGAAUCAGCGCAAGCUCUGCGCGCCAGCGCGGCCACAGCCUCCACGGCGGCACGCACAGCAGCGGUGGCGAACGCGCCGCCGGUGCGUUGCUGGCAUCGCAGCAGCCCGCCAAGACACAGGCGAUGCGCAACGCGUUCCGUCACGUGCAGCAGCUCGACAUCCUGCAGCUCACGAGCCAGAAUGGCACUGCAGCGCCCAGCCUGCGUGCAAACACCAGGCUCUUCUCCCUGUGGGGCGUCCUGCGGGCCCUCCGCUCUUUGCGGCUGGACUACUGCCCGCUGUACACGAGCGCAGGAGAGGGGGUCGAGAUCAUGCAGCUGGCAGGGCCCGCACGGGACGCCCUGCUGUCGCCCUACGGCUUCCUGCGCCUCAUGCUGUAUAAAUCACUACAGCUGCGCUCCCUGGAGCAGCUGCAGCUGCGGCAGUGCUGGCUGCGGCGGAUGGCCACGGGACAGCUCAGUCGGCUCAGCUUGGAAGUGCGCUACGGGCCAGUCGCGUCGUCCACAAGGCCGGGGACACGCUGUUCUGACAAGCACCGCGAGAUUGUGUCCCUGCAGCUGUCGCAAGGGUACUUCCCCAGCGGUAUGGGCACGUGGGCCCUGGAGGCGUACCUGCCGGGCAUGCUGUGCCACAGCCUGCGGACCCUCACAGACUUUGUGGGGCGCGUGGUGGGGCAGCAAACCCAGGCUCAGACCGAAACCCCAACGCGGGUUGUGGGCAAGGGCUUUCGGUGGCUGAGCGUGCCCUGGCUGCUGCUGGAGGGCAGCCGCGGCGGGGCGCCCAGUCAGGACGACCUGCAGCCGCUCCGGGCGCUGCACCAGGCGUGCCCGGAGCUGCGCAUCGGUGUGGGGGCGCUCGUGGCCCUGCACCCGCUGCAGGGAGCCCGCGCCCUGGCGGCCUGCGGGCUGCCUGUGCCUCCGGCUGACCAGGCCUGGGAGUGGGCGGCCGAGGCUGCGGACGCCAUCGCGGCGCUGGGCGGCCCGACGGCGGCGAUCCAGCAGCUGCACGUGGGCGUGAGCGUGUCGUGCGGUGGCAGCAGCAUUGGCGGCGGCGGCACGUCCAGCCUGCGGCACCUGGUGUUUCUGGCGCCCUGCGGCGGGCGCGUCAGCCGGGGCUGUAGUGGGGGCUUUGGCGGCUCGGGCUCAGCAGCGGCGGAGGGGCCGGACGGGCAGGAGCAGCAGCAGCAACAGCCGUGCACGUACGAGGAAGCUGUCCAAGAGGCGCUGUGGCGCAUGCUUGCAGCGGGCGCCCUGGCGGCAUCGGCGCCUGCCGCCGCCGCUGCUGCUGCUGCUUCCUCUGCGGCGGCCUCGGCAGCCCACAGCCUGCCAUCGCGGCCGCCGCCUCGGCCGCUGCUGCUGCUGACGGGCCCGGCUGUGGCGCUGAUGGUGAAGGCGCCGGCGGCGCUGCACGCCUGGCUCAGUCAGCUAGCCCAGGGCGCGGCCGAGUGCGCCGUCGACCUGGCCUUCACACGCCACAUGCUGGGAGGCGAGGACGACCACACCUCCCAACAGCAGCGGCCGCAGCUGCUUCCGCGUAGCUCCUACAUCCACUCGUACCUGCCGCUGCCGCUGCAGUCAGGCACAGCCGUGCUGCUCACGUGCGGCGCCGCGGCCCGGGCGGCGGAGGCUGUGGAGGCGGCGGCGCGGCAGCUGGCGUGCGGCGAGGCGGCUGGCUCGGUGCAGGUGCAGGUGGCGGCGUGUGCGGCCGCGGUUGUGUCGGAGGCCAGUGGCGCGCCGUCGCUGGCUUCGCUGGGCUACACGGACGCGGCCGCGGCUCUGGUAGACACGCUGGCAGAGGUCAUCCAGGAAGCGAUGGACGCCGCGGAGAGCGCCACUGCCGGCAGCGGCACCGGCAGCAGCUGUGGCGGGCGUGCGGGCGGCUCCGGUGAAACAGCAGGGGGCGAGACUGGAGGGGCUUGUCCUAGCAGCGAUGGUGGAGGAGGCGGGGGCGGUGGCGGAGCAGCAGGCGGAGGCGGAGCAGCAGGCGGAGGAGGCGGAUGCGGAGGCGGCUUUCAGCGUGUGCACCUUGAGUGGAUGCAGGAGCUGCAGCGGCUGCCCCAUUCGGUGCCCAUUGUGUAGGUGGCUUGGGUUUUAUGUGCUGGGAGGGAUAAGAUACGUGCCGUGGUGCUCCGUAACACGCACUACGACGGAUGAGGUACAUGCCAGGAUUAUGCAAGGGAGGUGGGGCUUUGCGCAAUUGUAGGGUACGGUUGAGCCAGUCCUUUGCGUUUGUGGCGAUGAUACCGUAAUGUAGCGGGAGGCUUCUCAUGGUUGCCGCUUUGGACUGCACGUUUGGUUACCGAACGCGUAGAGCCCCUGCACUGUGGCAUCCACAGCAGCGAGAACAAAAGCAACGGUAGCAGGUGAUGUUAAUGUUGAUGCAGGUCACUGUGACCGGUGGAGGGUUGAAUAUCCCUGACGAUGUCUUAUGGGCUAUUGCAAAUGAUCACGGUUGUUGAUAGCGGCUUCGUAGGCCGGGGCAACCCCGGGGAAAAGGUUGGGCGUCGUGCUGCGUCAUGCUGUGCCAUUGCAUGGGGUCAUUGGGGCGCAGUUCUAUAGGAUACCAG